AUGGAGGAGAGCCUGACGGAGUCGACGGUGCUGGUGGACAUCGCGCCGCAGCCAGCAAGAGCCGAGCAGAAGAAAGUCGAGCCGGACGAGAAGAAGACGAAGAAGCCGCCGUCUGGCCUCGCAGCCCUCGAUUCAACCCUCCUGCGCCUGAACAAGUUCAUAUCCAGUGCGCAUGGCACAGAGCGGGCGUUUGCUACAGUCGGAUACUCGGCGCAUAUCCUGCACUACGCCCUCACACACUCACGCACCCUCAACCGACUAGCUCUCUCAGCUCUCGGACGGAAACCACCAGUCUCGUCUCGCUCAAAGGGUGCUGCUGCAGCAUCUGCUGCUGCUGCUUCACAUCCACAUCUACUAGCCCUCGCCUCGCUGGUAUCCGAAACACGCACCUCGCUACGUCUGCUCGGCCUACUACCGCUCUGGGCCUGGGGCUCGUCGACAUACAAAUCACCACCCACAGACCCCGUGUUACGAGCAAUUGCUUACACCCAAGUGCUUGCCUGUGUUAUCUUCCAGCUGCUCGAGAACGUAGCCUUCCUUGCCUCCAAGGGGGUUCUCAGCAAACGAGCCGUCGAACGAUGGGGCAGUCUGCCCAAGUGGUCUCUCUGGAGCGUGAGGGCGUGGUUGGUGCAUGUAGUCCUUGAGUUCGUCCGGGUAGCGCGGGAGAGCCAGGUUGAAGCUGCCCGGCGGCGGAGGGACGGAUUCAAGCAGGACGAGAAGAAGGAGAAGGAUGCCGCGGAUGCCGAACGGGGGCUGCGAGAGAAGACCAAGGAAGAGGCCGUGAAGAUGGCGCUGAAGGUCAGGGCCUGGAGGAAGAGCUUGGUUAACAGUCUUGCGUGGCUGCCGCUGUGUCUGCACUGGAGCGUGGAUGGCGGCAUAGGGGUGCCCGCCAGUCUGGUGGGAGUGCUCAGUCUGACGGCCGGUGCCUGGGGGAUUCAUGAUCUAUGGCUUUCUACUUGA